AUUUGCCAAGACACACAACACACGUCAACAUAUAAUAUGCGAGGGAUGAUAAAAAACAUAAGACGCGUUGCCUGAUGUGCCGACAUUUCCAACAGAAACACUUACAUCUCAAAUAUGGCUUAGGAUAGCAUGAUCAGAUAUGCGUUAGUUGCAUUGGGGUCACAAGGGAUCAAUGAAGCGAAGGACGGAGGACGUAUGGAGGCGAAAAGCCAUCAGUAAAAAGGCCAAGAAGAAUGGUAGGCGGCCGAUUGCUAUCUACGAAGACGAUGAGGAGGAGGAGGAGGAGGAGCUGAGCUAUCAACCAAAACGACGGACGACGGAGCGUGGUCGGAUGGCUCCGGCAAAUGAGGCUCGACAGCAGCGCCAUGUUACAGCAGCGGAACCUCCAGGCCUCUACAGCCGCCCUGCUUUGUUUCGCACUGCUUGGGACAGCCCAUCAUCUCACCAGCUGUCUCUGGCUGCCAUGGAUGUUGACAGCGAUCAGGAGGAUGGGUACGGCACCCCGCCACCAGCACCACGGCAACGGUAUCAACGGCAGCAAUUGCCACAACCAGCGCAGCGCCAGCAGCCCCAGCGGCAGCCUCUAUCCCCUCCACCUCCACCACAACGUCAGCAGCAGCAGCCCACGCCGCCGCCGCAGCUGCGACCACACCCCCAGCCGGUACAAAACCAACGGCAGCCGGCACCCCCACCUCCCCCACCGCAGCGCCAGCCACCGCUCCCGCCUCAACAGCAACGGCAGCAGCAGCAACCACCACCUCCCGGGCAAAUGGCUGGUCCUCGGCCACCUCCAAACGCCGUGCAACAAGCCGCCUGGGUUCGUGGUCGGCGGCAGAGACCUGCCCAGCAGCGGGGUAAGGACCCGGGCCCGCCGCCUAUACCCUUCCCUUGUGAUCGGGUACCGGGCGACACCAAGUGGUAUCAGUUCGGCAGGGUCCGCAGUGUGGGUGAGGGCGGGGAUGAGGUUGAAAGCGAGGAUGAGGGCGCUGGCAGCGGUGGGCGUAAAGCCAAGCUUCCAUCAAACGUGCCCCUUCUUUGCUGGCCUUCUCACGUGGUGAAGAAGAAGAAGUUUGGGCUUCUGGCUAUCCUCAAGAAGAUACCGGCGCAGAUGCCAGUCGGCAAGGAGCUCAACCACUACGAGUGGUGGUGUACCGAGGCCUUCGACUUCACCGUCGCGGAAUUCACUCAGGCCAAGAAGGAGACCUGGAAUGGAAUCCUGAACACGGUGUCCAAGUUCUUGGGCUUCUGCAGAUUCGUGGAGUGUGUACCCCCCAAGUUCAUCUCCCUGCGCUUGGCAGGCAACCCGACGUUGGUCAUCCGCUACCUCGACUUUAUGAUGAUGCGGUGUGCUGCUGCUCAUUUGGGGACUGAGGUCUGCCGCUUGAAGCGGCUGGUCGUAUACCUGGAGAGCUACGAUCCUACAUUGACGGACAAAGAGAGGGAGAAGCUCAUGGACAUGGUGGAGUGGCUCAAGAGGAUAUCCGACAGCUUCCGCCGAAGCUACCCUACGCCUGCCCCGCCGCCAUCUGAUGUGGACUCCGACGAGGAGGACGAGGACGGACCCACGGGUCUGCCUGACAAGGUGCUGCUCCUGCGGUUCGUGAUGGAGCUGCGUCAGAAGGCAGACGACGCCCUUUCCGCAGACAUGGUGGCGGGUGACAUCAGCUUCGAGACAGCUCUCCUUCAGAGGGACGCUCUGCUGGCUGAGUUCCUGUGCGGGCUCUAUGUCCCCCCGCUGCGCCUGGCCUGCAUUGCGACGCUCAAGGUGCCUGGCCGCGAUGUGUGCACGCAUGCGUGCUGCUCCAGGGCUAACUGCCGGGGGAAUACCCUGCGUGCCUUGACAACACGCUCGGGAGAACCCACUGGCGGCAUGAAGGUGGAGCUAUUCCAUCACAAGACGGAGCGGUUCCGCAAGAAGCCCAUCACCUUCAAGCUGCCCAAGGUCCUGGCGGAACGUGCGCUGUCUUACAUCAACAACAUCCGGCCGAUACUUGCUGGCGACGACGACACGGAUGAGGAGGGGGAGGAGACCGCGCCAGUUCCCUUCCUCUUCCUUACCGGGCGAGGGAAGGCUCUUGGCAUUUCGGGCGGCACCACAGUAGCAGCCUUGUGGAACCGCAUCCAGCAGCAGCACAGUGCGCCAUGGCAGCCAUUCACAGCACGCCUUUUCCGCCACAUUCACGCCAACAGCGAGUUCAAUGCAGUGAUUCGGGAGGUUGCUGCCGGGAGGACCCACCUGGAUGGUGACGCUCAGAUCAUGGGCAACUCCCAAGCUGCGUGGGACUCAAACUACAUCAAGGACCAUGACUCCGCGAUGAUGCAGGCGACGGUGGAUCGUCUCGAGGACUGGAGGCUGAUAUGUGAGCAGAAGCUUCGGCGGCAGGGCAGCGGGGGCAGCGGCGAGGAAGAGCGGCCCAGGGACGCAGCAGCAGCGGCAGGCGAGGCGCAACCGCAGGGGCAUGAGGUGGCAGCGGGCAAGACUCCUCCUGAGGCAGCAGCAGGUGCACCAGAAGGCCAAGAGCAGCAGCUGCAGGGGACCGAUGCACCUCAAGGCCAGGUGCCACAGCCGGGGGAGGCAGCAGCAGCGGCGGAGGGCCAGGAGCAGGAGCUGGGGGAGGCAGCAGUAGUGGCGGAGGGCCAGGAGCAGGAGCCGGGGGAGGCAGCAGCGGCGGCGGAGGGCCGGGGGCAGGAGCCGGGGGAGGCAGCAGCGGCGGUGCAAGGUGGGGAGCAGCAGCCGCAGGACGUAGCAGCGGCUAUUGGCGAGAGGUUCCAGCAGCAGCUGGCAGAACCUAGGGGUCGGCCCUCGCAUGCACCAGCCCCUCGCCCUCUGCUCGGCCGGCUUCGCAGGUUGUUCAUGGGCAGCAGUGCUGAGGCAGAUGCAGCCCAAGCCGCAAGGAGGCCACAAGGAGCGGACGGCUUUCAUGGGCAGCCUAGCAGUACGGCAAGUGGGAUGGGACCCAACCCCCAAUCGGCAGCAGGAGGCAGCAGCUUGGAAGGAGGCUUUGGUGAUCUGGCGGGAGGCGAUGGUGGCUUGGACGCUGGUGCUAGGAGGCAGCAAGAGCUUGGAGCAGCAAGCGGCCAGGGUGAUGCAAACAUGGAUGGUAGCAUGCACGGGGGGUACGGCGCAUACAAUGCAUAUCAUGAGGGUGGUGACGGCGAGUUUGCGGAUGCAGAGGAUGGCCAGGGCCCGUUGAGGGGC